CACGCCCAACCACAACCACAAGCCCCCCACCGCCCGCCUCCUCCCCCGCACACACCACACCACACGCAUCCCCAGAUCCCCUCCCCUCCCCGCUCCCGGCUCCUCCUGCCUCCGAUCUCUAUAAAAGACCCCGAAUUUCGAAAUUUUCCGCCGACCUUUCCUGCCCGCGCGCCUCUUCCCGCCAAAUUCCGGCCUCGGAUCCGCUCGGAUUCGACCGGGCGGAGUCUGGGGGCUCAUCUGUCGCCAUGGCGGAGGCGACGCUGGAGGGGAGCGAGCCGGUGGAUCUGUCCAAGCACCCCUCCGGCAUCAUCCCCACACUCCAGAAUAUCGUGUCAACAGUCAAUUUGGACUGUAAGUUAGACCUCAAAGCAAUAGCUCUGCAAGCACGUAACGCGGAAUAUAAUCCAAAGCGUUUUGCUGCAGUUAUCAUGAGAAUAAGAGAACCAAAAACUACAGCACUGAUAUUUGCGUCAGGUAAAAUGGUAUGUACUGGAGCAAAGAGCGAACAGCAGUCCAAGCUUGCAGCAAGAAAGUAUGCUCGUAUUAUUCAGAAACUUGGCUUUCCAGCUAAAUUCAAGGACUUCAAAAUUCAGAAUAUCGUUGGCUCUUGUGAUGUCAAAUUUCCAAUUAGACUGGAGGGCCUUGCAUAUUCUCAUGGUGCUUUCUCAAGUUAUGAGCCAGAACUUUUUCCUGGUCUAAUCUAUCGAAUGAAGCAACCGAAGAUUGUUCUUCUGAUUUUUGUUUCAGGCAAGAUUGUCUUGACGGGGGCAAAGGUGAGAGAAGAGACAUACACCGCCUUUGAAAACAUAUAUCCUGUACUCACAGAGUUCAGAAAAGUUCAGCAAUGAUUAACUUACCGAACUCACAUCUACAAGGUCCCCUGAGAUUUUGCCAUCUUGUGAGACGUGGCUGCUAAUUUCAACUGUACAUAUAGUGUGGGGGAGGAGCCCAUAGCAUGUGUUGUAAUUUGAUGCGGGCUUUGAUGUGCCGGGAUAGGGUGAGAUGCCCAUGUUGUGGAUGGAUGCUCGAGGCGUCGUAUCCGUUUGGUCUCUUGAUUGAUGACGAUAACAGGUCCGCUGCAUGAUAGAAGAGUCGGUCGACAAAAAGGGUCGUUCAUUCUGAGUAGAGUUUAUGUCUGAGCUGCAUAGAAGACAGCUUGUGUGUGAGUCUUCUGAGAGUACUUCCAGCGAACUGCACUGCACGGUGUAAGUUUCCAUGCUGUUGGUACAGUGAUGAGAAGGCUGGUGUUGACAGACAAUGUCAUGUUGGGCAAAUCUGUAUGUGCCUACUGCUGAACCUAUGUAUGUAGAGUAGUAACUAUAUUUGUCAUUUUUUCUGUUGUGUAA